CUUGAGCCUCGCGAUCUACUGCUCACUCUGCAAUUUGCUCCUUCGAGUUCAAGUACAAAGCCUCUCCAAACCUCCAACCAGCCAAGAUGAAGAUCUUCGCGCUUACCGCUGCAAUCGCUGCAUUCUCCGCCGUGGAAGCCGCCGACCAAGCCUCCAUCCACCUGCGAGUCCACGACAAGGGCUCGUGCACCAUCACCAACGAGUCCCAAUGCAACGGGCAGAACUGGACGGGCAGCACUUGCUGUGCUGAUCCCAACUACGAAUGCCGCCGGGACGACUAUGGUCAGAAUGUGGAUCGCUGCCAGAAGAAAAAGGGCUCGAGCACUAACCCGGGCACCGGCAAUCCCGGCACCGGCAGUGGUGUUGCCGACUGGGGUGCCUGCACUGGCGGGCUGGCGUGUAAGACCCCGGGCAGUGUCUGCGUCAAGCACUCCAACUACUACUCGCAGUGCAAGCCCGCCACUCUACCGACCGGUGAACUCUGCGGCCAGAACGACGGCACGAACGUGUGGAAGUACGACAAGUGCCCGAGCAACCAGAAGUGCGCACCUUUGGGCACGGACUUCCGCUGCACCAACAAGAAGCACCACAAGAAGAGUGCCACGAAGGACGAAUCGUGCACCAUCACUAACGAGUCCCAGUGUGACGGACAGAACUGGACGGGCAGCACGUGCUGUGCCGACCCGAACUACGAGUGCCGCCAGUCGGAUGACGGCCAGGACGUCAAGCGAUGCCAGAAGAUCGGUGAUGGUGGCUACACGGACUCGGAGGACAGCUACGUUGACGACGAUGACUACAGCUACACGGACGACUACAGCUACGUUGACGACGUUGAGUACACGAGCUACGUGGACGACUGGGGUGACUGCACUAGUGAUUAUGUGGGCUGCUCGAACCCGACGAGCUACUGCGUCUACCACUCGAAGCAUUACGCACAGUGCAAGCCCGAGAUUCUACCCCCGGGAGAGCUCUGUGGCCAGGAUGACGGAACCAACGUGUGGUGGUACCCUUACUGCACCAGUGGUGAGAGCUGCCAGCCCUUGGGAUCGGACUACCGCUGCACGAAAAACAAGAAGCGCCACCACCACCACCGUCGCCAGCGCCGUGCGUAAGUAUAACGCGGCAAGAGGCUGACGAGGCAUUUGAUCUUGACGCAGCAGGCUUCCGCUGCUGCACACCACUUCAUAUCCAUUGACUUAGCUUAGCUGUAAGUGAGGCCAUUCACGGAGAGUAGCUCCAUGGACGCUUCAACAUGAAUAUCAUCUGAUGCGUUUGAAAUCUGGAAGGAGGAUCCCGACCCAAUUCGCGGAAGCAUCCUCUGUAUUUAAUCCUGGUAGAGCAGAGUCUGUAUCC